AUGCGUCUGAAGAACCUUCCGGGCGCAGGCGCGGAGCCUGAGGCGACCUACAGCCCCAGUACAUCCCACGAUGACCAGGAUGACACCAACAGCGCCGCCGAACCCACCAGUGACGGGCACGCCUCCGACACCUCCGCAUCCUCUAUCAACUGGCCCACCUACAGCAUGGGACCCACCACUAGCAGCCACACAAGCAACAGUUUGGGGCCCACCAACCACGGGCCUUCCGGUAAUGGUCUGAGCACCUUCCCUGCUGCUACAGGUUGCCAUGUACAGGCCCAAACCCAGACCCCACCUCUGCAGCCGCCCCUGGCCCCUUCCACUCUCUUAGCUGCUAAUCUGACCCAUGCCUCUACCCAGACUCAGGCUCCAGCCCCUGCCUUGGCUAUCAAUCUGAUCCAUGCUCAGGCUCCAGCCCCAACUCUGGCCGCUGAUCUGACCCAUGCCUCUACCCAGACUACGGCUCCAGCCCCUGCCUUGGCUAUCAAUCUGGUCCAUGCUCAGGCUCUGGCUGCCAACCUGGGAGCUACACUGACCCAUGCCUCAACCCAGGCUUCAGCCCCAAUUCUGGCCACUAAUCUGACCCAUGCCUCUACCCAGGCACCAGCCCCAACUCUGGCCCCUAAUCUGACCCAUGCUUCUGCCCAGGCUCUUGCUCCAGCCCCUGCCUUGGCUACCAAUCUGAUCCAUGCUCAGGCUCUGGCUCCUGCCCUAGCAGCCACACUGACCCAUGCCUCUACCCAGGUUCCAACCCCUGUUCCUGCCCUGGCUGCCACUAUUCCCCAUGCCCAGGCUCAGGGCCCCAUCCUGGCUGCUAAUCUGACCCAUGCCUCAACCCAGGCUCCAACCCCUGUCCCUGCCCUUGCUGCCACUAUUCCCCAUGCCCAGGCUCAGGGCCACAUCCUGGCUGCUAAUCUGACCCUUGGCCUUGGGGUCCCAACUUCUGUACCUGCACUGGCUUGGGUUCCAGUCCCUACCUUGGACCCUGUUCGUGUCCUGGCUCCAGCUCCUGUUCCAGCUCCAGUUCCUGUCCCAGCUCCGGCUCCUGUCCCGGCUCCAGCUCCUGCUCCAGCACCUAUCCCUGCUUCUGCACCUUCCUUUACUCUGCCUGUUGCUUCUGUUCCAGUUCCUGCUCCUGUCCCAGCUCCAGUGCCCGUUCCAGAUCCUGCUCCUGUUCCUGCCCCAGUCUUUGCAGUUGCUGAGCCUCCAGUCCUUGCCCAGAGCCAUGCUUCAACCUCUGCCCGGUUUCCUGCUCUGGCUCCUACCUUUACCUGGCCUCUUCUUCCUUUCCCUGCCUUUGUUCAAGCUCGCCUGGAUGCCCGGGCCUCAGUCCUGUCCCAAGUAGCAGCUGCUGCUACUCCUCAGCCCCAGCCUACAUCAGCUCCUGUUUCUGAUGCUGCUGUGGUAGCAGGUACCUCUUCCUCCUCAGGGACUGCAAAUGCAGAGGAGGCCUUGGCAGCUUCCCCUGAGCCCAAGACCAAUCUGAUCGUCAAUUACCUGCCACAGAACAUGACCCAAGAGGAGUUCCGCAGACUAUUUGCCACUGUGGGUGAGAUCCAGUCCUGCACAUUAGCGCGGGACCAGGUGACGGGCCAGAGCCUAGGCUAUGGCUUUAUUAGCUAUGUGGACCCCAGGGAUGCAGAGAAAGCUCUCUGCUUGCUGAAUGGGCUUCAGUGCCCCCCAAAAACCAUUAAGGUGUCCUAUGCUCUUCCCAGCUCAUCCUCCAUCCAAGAGGCCAACCUCUACAUCAGUGGCUUGCCUAAGACUAUGACACAGAAGGAGCUAGAACAGCUCUUCUUUCCCUUUGGCCACAUUGUAGCAUCAAGAAUCCUGACAGACAAGGUCAGUGGGGCCUCCCGGGGUGUGGGCUUCAUCUGCUUUAAUACCAGAUCAGAGGCUGAGGAGGCCAUCAAGGCCCUCGAUGGCCAGAAGCCCUGCAAUUUCCUGGAGCCUCUCAUGGUCAAGUUUGCUCAUCACCAUACCCCAAAGACCUCUCAGAGCUUGAUGAGGCAGCCUCCCCAGCGUUACCAUGGGCCACUACAGCCUCAAACCCGGAAAGUGGGACUAGACAACUCCAACAUGACUUAUGGAGUCCAGCGCUUCUCGUCCUCCUCUUCUGAUGACACGACCAGCCUGGCAGGAAUGACCUCAGGCCAUACCAACAGCAGCAGUGGCAGCGGUGGCAGUGGCAGUGGCAGCGGCUGGUGUAUCUUCAUCUACAAUUUGUCCCGUGAAUCUGAUGAGAGUGUCCUUUGGCAGCUUUUUGGGCCCUUUGGAGCAGUGAACAACGUCAAGAUCAUCCGGGAUUUCAAAACCAACAAGUGCAAACGUUUUGGCUUUGUCACUAUGACCAGCUAUGAUGAAGCAGCCUUAGCCAUUGCCAGCCUGAAUGGCUACUGCCUUGGUGGCCGUGUGUUGCAGGUUUCCUUUAAGACCAACAAAAUUCACAAGGCUUGA